UGGGCAUUCGGAUAAUGUUAUCGAAGAUAAGAUUUGACAGAUUGGCAUUUAAGUAUCUAUAUUAAAUUUUAUAUUAUUAUGUGUCCAGAGUCCACUGUCCGUCAGUAAUCUCGUUAGUAUGGUGUUAAGUGUCGUUCGAUACGAAACUGCGUGCCGUUUGUUGUUUUUUCCAUUCUUAAAUUUUUCUUUUAACAUUUCUGCUAACAUUUUGCACAAUGCCAAAAAUAAAUGCAAAUAUAUUUAACAAGUAUGUGAAACUGUUUGGUGAAGAUACAUUUGCUACCGAUGGUACUAUGCUUUAUUGUAAGAUUUGCGAAGUUAAAGUAAGUGCUGAUAAAAAAUUUACAGUAACUCAACAUAUAAAAACAAGUAAACACGAACGACUAUUAGCUCGUCAAAAUAAACCUGCAGAAAAUAAACAACAAUUUAUAUCACAGCCGUCAAACAAAAAAUCUGUUUUUUCACAUGAUUUAUGCAAGGCUAUGAUGUGUGCUAACAUUCCUUUACAUAAAAUUUCUAAUGUUCAAUUCCGAUCGUUCCUUGAAAAAUAUACUCUAAAUGACAUCCCUAGUGUAUCCACGUUGAGGAAAACUUAUACAAAUGAUUGUCAUUUAGAAGCUAUUGAUCACAUUAGAAAAGACGUUGUAGGAAAUAAAAUAUGGGUUUCUAUAGAUGAAACGACAGAUGUGCAAGGGAGAUAUAUUGCAAACGUAAUAAUCGGAACUCUACUGAAGGAUAGACCCGGAAAAAUAUAUUUACUAAAUACCGAAGUUUUAGAAAAAGCCAAUUUUUCUACAAUAACCAAACUUUUUGACAGCUCAAUGUUUCUCCUGUGGCCAGACGGUGUUCGUCAUGAUGACGUCCUCCUAUUUUUAAGCGAUGCUGCGCCAUACAUGAAGAAAGCAGGUACAACUAUCAAGGCUUUGUACUCCAAGAUGAUCCAUAUUACUUGUAUAGCACACGGAUUACAUAGAUUGGCAGAAAAUAUUCGGAGUCAUUUUCCUAGAGUUGAUAAAUUAGUAGCAAAAGGCGAGGAAAGUAAGUAUUUUUAAAAGCACCUUCGCG